AUGGCGUCUCUUUACAACGUCACGGAUAUCUUGACACAUAUGAACGCUUCAGAUGACGUAGAAAACUUUACGUCCACCACACCUGGCAAGUUCCAUGGUCGUUUGGGGUACGGGGAGCUGGAGUUGUACACAGAGUUCUGGGUGGCUUUCUACCUGAACAGGUACUACUUGAGGAUACUGUGUGGAGUGGGUGUUGUGUGUAAUGUGGCUGUAUUCCUCACAAUGUACGCCAUCAAGCCUUUCACCACAUCCUCCUUUUACGUGUCCUUCCUCGCUGUAGUGGACGCUUUGGCGCUGAUAACGAAGCUGUUGUAUAUAGAGUUAACAAGAAAACUGUCCCUGGGAGAUGCUGGAUGUAAAUUUAUGCUGUUCUUCGGCAACUUCACGGUCCAGUAUGCUAACUGGGUAUUGGUAAUCAUGACCCUGGAACGCUUUGUGGCCGUCUGGUUCCCACUCAAAGUCAACCGUAUCUCCACGAUGAACAAGGCCAAGGUCACAUUGUUUGUGACAGCGCUUCUCCUAACUGCCUUCAACCUUCACUUCCUGUGGACCUUCCAAGGUCAACCUCGGUGUCGACCUAAGCCCGAGUAUGCCAAGUUCAUGGCCACAGUUUGGCCCUGGCUAGAUGGUCUCGUGUUUGGAAUCGCUCCCUGCGUUCUGCUUAUCGUUCCUAAUGGAUUAAUCAUUUACAGUUUACGGCGCGCCGUUGCGGCACAGAAAACUAUGACGUCUGGGACAGAGAAUGGGGCUCAAAGCCGUUACCACCACCAAACGCAGCUGACGGCCAUGCUGGUGACAGUGGCUGUGGCAUUCGUCUGCUGUCUGUUGCCUGGGUCCAUCUUCUCCAUCGUGAAACCAUACUGGGACUACAAACAAUCUGUUCAUCAGACGGCGCAGUAUCAGCUCAUCAAUCAGCUCAUGUUUUUCUUGGCUGACUGUAAUCACGCACUCAAUUUUUUCUUUUUCUUUCUCGGCGGCAAGCGCUUCAGGCAAAUGUUCAUUGAUGUCAUCUGUUGUCGCCGGACAGCACAGAAACAGAAGAAAUUCCAGUCUACCUACGUGAGUCAACUGUCAGUGACGACACCGUCCUCAUCUCACCUCAGUGUAUCCACGAACUGA